AUGUCGAUGCCCGACGCCUGCUGCUCGCUUCCUCCGGUGAAGUCGGAGUAUGCGCCUCAAGGGAGCGUAGUGGAGGUGGGUGGAAUAGAGGUCUACAGUGUCGGACCUUCUGACGCAAAGGCGGCCAUCGUCGGCAUCUACGACAUCUUCGGCUUCCACAACAACACCAAACAGUUUUGUGACCUUGUGGCCAGCGCCACCCACGCCCGGGUCCUGCUGCCGGACUUCUUCCGUGGGGCGCCUUGGACCGCAGAGAAACUGGAGACCCACGACCGGAGUGAGCUGCUGAAGUGGAUCGGCACGGAGGGCUCAUGGGAAAAGAUCCAGCCCAGCCUGGCCGCCACCACCGCGUUUGCCCAGAAGGAGGGAGCCCAGAAGAUCGCUCUCUUUGGCUUCUGUUGGGGCGCCAAAAUGGCCUGGCAUGCGGCACAGGACGGGUCCACCUACGCCGCGGCGGCAUUCAUCCACCCGAGCUUCUUCACUCCCGAUGACGCCAAGUUCCUGCAGGUGCCCAUCAUCAACCUCCCGACCAAGGACGAACCCGACAUGGUGCCCUACAUGGAGGCGCUGAAGGAAGCCAGCCCGGCGCUCCACGAGAAGUCGGAGCACAAGCGCUUCGACGACGUCCACCACGGAUUCUGCGCCGCGCGCGGCGACUGGUCGGACGAGCUGCAGGCCCAGCGCGCCAACGAAGCCAUCAAGCUCGUGGCCAACUUCUACAAGAAGCAGUUCUAA